AUGGCGGCCAUCGCGCCCGUCGCGGCGGUUCCCGCGCGGGGUCUCCCCCGUCGCGCGUCCUCGCGCGCGUCCGCGGUUCCCGCGGGCGGCGUCCGUCUCGCCCCGCCCCACCCCCGGACCUCAUCCCUCCGCGAUCGCGGAGGAACGCGUUAUCCGUCGUACGACGACGUGCGCCGGUCGGUCCGAACGAUGCGGUUCGCGGCGGCUUCCGACGCCCCCACCCCCCCCGACGCCGCCGCCGACCCCGCCCCAACCCCCGCGCGCCUGGACCUCGAGGGCGACGAGCUCGUCCUCGUCGUCGGCGGCGCCGGGCGCGUCGGCGCGCGCGUGGUCCGGAGGCUGGCAUCCGCGGGCGCGAGAUGCCGCGUGCUCACCCGCGACCCGUCCUCGAAGGCGGCCACCGCGCUUCGCGACGCGUGCCCGCCCGGAACCGUGGAGCUCGCGCGAGGGGACGUCACGGAACCCGGGACGAACGGCGACGCCGCGCUCGCCGCCGCCCUCGUCGGAUGCACCCACGUCGUCGCGUGCUUCGGCGCGCAGAGGAUCAGCAAGAUCGGAGACAUCCUCGGGCUCGGAGCGCCGGAGACGAACGACGUCACGCAUCCGGCGGCGGUCAACUUUCGGGGCGUCGCGAGACUCGCGACCGCCGCCGCCGACGCCGGAACCGUCCGGCGCUUCGUCCGCGUCACCGGCAUGUCCGUGGGGUAUCACCCGGCGGACCCGAUCGCCGUCCUCCUCAACGCGGUGCUCUCGAUGACGAUCAAGUGGCAGCUGAGAGGCGAACGAGCCGUGCGCGCGUGCGGCGUGCCGUACACCGUCGUGCGCCCGGGUAACCUGCUGGACACCCCGAGGCCCCCCGGAAGCGUGGUUCUGGUGGGGCACGGCGACGCGAAGGUCCCGGCGGGCAAGGUGAGCCGCGACGACGUCGCCGAGGUCAUCUCCGUCGCGACGUUUGCCAAAAAUUGCCAAAACGCAACCGUGGGAGUCGCGGGCGCGCCGGCGCCGACGGGCGGGAUCGCGUCGCAGAUGGCGUGGGACCCCGCGCGGGGGAUGCACUACGUCGCGAUGGAGCACGAGGAGUGCGUGAGGGAGGGUGUCGACGUAGCGGCGAUGCUGGAAGGCGUCGAGGCGGACGUCGGCGAGCUGCGGGAGCGGCGACAUUUUCCUUUCGUAGCCGCGUUCGUCGCGGCGCUGUUCGGGGCGGCGACGCUGGCGACGGCGGGGCUCGUCGCGGCGGCGCGCGCGCUGUUGAAGCUGUGAUGA